CAACAAAUGCCCAACAGCAGCUCCAUGGCCCAGUUCCUCCUGCUGACAUUGUCAGAAAGGUGGGAACAGCAACUGAUGCACUUCUGGCUCUUCCUGGGCAUCUCCCUGGCUGCCCUCCUGGGCAACGGCCGCAUCCUCAGCGCCGUAGCCUGCGACCAGCACCUGCACACCCCCAGGGACUUCUUCCUGCUGCACCUCUCCCUCACAGACCUGGGUUGCAUCUGCACCACUGUGCCCAAGGCCAUCCACAACUCCUUCUGGGACACCAUAACCAUCUCCUACACAGGAUGUGCUGCACAGGCCUUUUUCUUUCUGUUCUUCAUCACAGCAGAGUUUUCCCUCCUGACCAUGAUGUGCUACGACCACUAUGUUGCCAUCUGCAAACCCCUGCACUAUGGGACCCUCCUGGGCAGUAGAGCUUGUGCCCACAUGGCAGCAGCUGCCUGGGCCACUGGGUUUCUCAAUGCUCUGCUGCACACAGCCAAUACAUUUUCCCUGCCCCUGUGCCAGGGCAAUGCCCUGGGCCAGUUCUUCUGUGACAUCCCACACAUCCUCAAGCUCUCCUGUUCACACUCAGGCUACCUCAGGGAACUUGGGUUCAUUGUGGUUAGUGUGUGUUUAUUGUUUGGUUGUUUCAUUUUCAAUGUGUUCUUUUAUGUGCAGAUCUUCAGGGCUGUGCUGAGGAUCCCCUCUGAGAAGGGACGGCACAAAGCGUUUUCCACGUGCCUCCCUCACCUGGCCGUGGUCUCCCUGUUUAUCAGUACCUCAUUCUUUGCACACCUGAAGCCUCUCUCCUUCUCCUCCCCAUCUCUGGAUCUGACCCUUCCAGUUCUGUACUCGUUGGUGCCUCCAGCCCUGAACCCCCUCAUCUACAGCCUGAGGAACCAGGAGCUCAGGGAUGCCCUGUGGAAACUGGUAACUGGGUGUUUUUUGCAAACAUGGAUCAAGUGA